UUUGGGCGCCAGGCUGCAUAACGAGUAGUGCCGAUGAAAUCAGCAACGCUAUUCUCCUGAUCCUGUCCGCCCACCUGUGCACAACGAACACCGCUCAACUAUGUCCCGCCCUUCACGACACUUUCGUUUACCGUCCCAACUGGAGCACUGACCACAGCGCAAAUGGAGUUGAUGUUGUAACUCGUAACCCAGAAGUUCGGGGGGCAGGACUAAGCGACAUGUUUGCCCUGUGCGCAAAACCCAGCAGCUGUAGUAGCUCUCCCUGUGUCCACGGGACCUGUGAGGAUCACGAGACGUACUACUCCUGCCACGACAACUGUGAUCACCAGCCGUACUACGUCUGUCGGUGUGAGCCCGGCUGGUUCGGAGACAGGUGCCAUAUAUACAUUGACGAGUGCCAGAGCUCUCCCUGCCCUCAGAACGCCACCUGCGUGGAUCACGUGAACGGCUACACCUGUCAGUGCCCACCUGGAUUCACGGGGAACAGCUGUGAAACAGAUAUAAACUGGUGCGACCCAAACCCCUGUCCUUCCGGCUGGGUGUGUGCGGACAUGCCGGACGCCUUCCUGUGCCAAAUGCCUGCUGGGAGGGCAUUCUCUGGCGACCUCUGCACUGCGGCGUCUUGCGGUCCCGGCUGGAACUGCAAGGAGGACGUCUCGUCUGGGUACACCUGCUUCCGUGGCUAACGAAAGUUUUACAGAAAGGCUUCUACGUUCGUUUACGUGGACCCAAA